AUGGAGUCCUCGGAUGAAGAUGAAGUGAUCCUUUAUAAUAAGGAUAAAGCUCAGAACAUUCGCAAGGGCGGACGAGCACCACCUCAAAAGCCCACACGGGCAGUACCGGCCGCUGCUGCAACAAAGCAACACUUGUCUGUGCCUGGUGUUGAAUUGGGUGCUCCUUUGGGCGCUUCUUUGCGUGGCCCUAUUGCGACAUCGUCAAUCGAGGCAGUAACCGCCGAUAUUUCUCAUCGUCUCGAGGUGCACGAUGACCAUGAAGAAAAGACCAACAAGUCAAAGAACGACUCGAAGGAUCGCAAGGGCAAAGGCAUUGAAGUCAAGAUCACCCCACCUAGCCCGUCGUCUACUAGCGAUUAUCCUAUUCCACCUCGCCGCUCGACGGCUGGUACUGAACAAGACAAGGCCGAUCGAGAUACUUUGGCCAACCUGCAAAAGAACUUCCCUAGAUCGCCAGUCGUACCGCAAUCGUUGGCAGAGUAUCUUUCCCUCAAGAAAGAGAUCUCCAAGGACAAGCAGCAAGAGACCAAGGGGAAGCAGAAGCUUGCUAGUGGAUCACCUGCUGAGCACCAUCGCAUGAUACCCCGACUCAGCGAGAAGUUGAUCCGCGUAACUGACGAAGACGGACUGAGCUGUGUCACGUCCCGAAAUACCAUUUGGACUAACGAAUGUAUCGUGAACGGACAUAUCGACUGGCCUGAGGAUUAUGAGUCGUACAAGUCCAAGCCCGGAAAAAUAUUCCCUGCGCCUCGCGUGCAAUUAUUGGACGAAAAGUAUGCGAACCUCAUGGAAGGCCCUAAUCCCCUUCCAAAGUAUGGUCCUGGAGUCCCCCCGCAAUACCGUGCGCUUGCAACCUUCGCACUUCUUCCAAUUUAUGAUGGCAUGACUGAAUUCGAUGCCGAAGAGGUUCAAGAGCCUUCUGAGGAAAUCAAAUCCGAAGAACUUGAUGGAUACACUCAGGAGCUUCUCAAGGAAAUCGACGAAGACUAAGCCAAAAGAGCCUCUACUACCGUCAACUCGACAGCCAACAGCACCUACCUCCUAAACUUGGCGUAGCUCUAGAUGAUGACUACAAAACUUGGAGUUUGGUAGCACAUUGGAA